AUGAACACUGAUAAAGAACAAUACAGAAUUAAAAAUUUCUAUAAUUUUACUAAUACUUAUUCUGAAGAAGAUAUUUUAAACUGUUUCACAAUUAAAGCUGGAACUAUUAAGGCUGCUUCUACUAAAAUAAAUAAUAAAGAAUGUAGAAAAGAAUUAAUUGCUAUGGACAUUGAAACAAGAGAUUUAUAUUUUCAUUACAAAGCAAAAUUGGAAGCUCAAUUAAAAAGAAUGGAAGAUAACAAGAAAAGUACUAUUAAAUUAGAACAACCAUUUUUAUCAAAAGUUUUCAAUAAAUUAAACAAAACCGAUAAACAAACUUUUGGUUUAAUUAAUAAAAAAGCAACAUUAAUCAAAGAUUUAGAUGAAGAAAAAAUUCAAAAAGAACUUGACAAAAAGAAUUUAGAAUGGAGUUUAAAUAAUAUUUCUUUUGAUAAUAUUGAAGAUAAUGAUGAUUUAAUGCGAGAAGAUAUGUAUAAAAAAUUUGAAGAAGAAUUAAGAAUUAACGAUGAAAGGAAGAAUUAUUUUAAAGAAUUGAAAGAAAAAGAACAAUAUGAAAACAAUAUGGAAGAAUAUAAAGAUAUGAUUGAAGAAAUUGAAGAUCAUACGGAAAUUAACACUAAAGUAACUUAUGAUAGAGUUAAUAAAAUAAUUAAAGCAGAUUUUAGAUGUGGUUUUAGAGAAAAAUUAAAAAGAAUUCAAUUAGUGAGAGAGUAUUUUAACGAUUUAAUUAAAUUAGUUCCUUCUACUACUGAAAUAAUUUAUAAAUAUUUUCUUAGUCAAGAUGGAUGGAAAUCUUAUAUGCUAAAUACUAAAGACGCCAUUGAUGAAUUUCUUAAUUCUGUUUCUGAAGAAUCCAUGUGUUUUAUCAAUAAACAAGAAGUAAAUGAUUCUAUAGAUUCUACUUUUUAUGUUCAACAAACUAUUCCUGAACCAUUAUUCAUAUUAGAAUUGCAAAUAUCUGCAUAUCAUUAUGAAGAAGAUGAUGUGAAAGAAUAUAAAACUACUGGCGGAAGCUUUUUCCCUUAUCGUUAUAAACCAGAAUUUGAAAUAUUUGGUCAAUAUCUUGCUAAAGCACAAAUAUUCAGUUCAUUGAUUGAUGAAAAUGGAAAGGUUAGAUCAGAAUUUGAUUUAAAUUGUUUCACUUAUGCUUUAAAACAAGCUAAUGUCGAUGAUGAAACUUUAGAAUUAGUAUUAAUUCAUUGUAGAGGUCGUUAUCAGAAAGCUAAAAUGUUAGAUGAAUUAUGUAAAUCGGUUCAUAUUAGAAUUAGAAUUGAUAGAGAGAAUACUGAUAAAUCAAACAAACAUAAGAAUAGAAAAAUAGAUUAUUAUGGUUGUGAACUUAAAGAUGCUAAAUAUAAUUUAGAAAUGUUUUUAUAUAGAGAUUCUUUAAUGAAAGGCGAUCAUUAUAUUUUGAAUAUUGAUAUUCCUAUUACUCCAUUCUAUCUUAAAAACAGAGAAGAAAUGAAUAAAUAUGCUUUAGAAAAUAAUUUAAGUAUUGAUAAUAUGUUUGAUAAACAAAGAAAGGUAAGAAAUUCAUAUUUAACUAAUUCAUGUGCUAAAACUACUAUUAAGCUAUCUGAUCUAAUUCUUUAUAUUAGAGAUCAUAAUGGAUUUGAACCUUAUUCUCUUUCUGAUGUUUUUCAUUUAAAAUCGGAUUUAUCUGAAUAUGUAUUACAAUCAUUAAAUACACUUGAAUAUCUUCCUUUUGAAACAAGAAAAAUUGAAAUCAAAGAAAAUAAACGAAAAGAAGUAGAUCAUUCUUAUUGGUAUGCUGAUUUUGAAGCUUCAACACAAGGAUAUCAUAAUCCAUAUUGUGUUUGUUAUUCUAAAAGAGGCGAAGAUAAGAUUUAUAAUAAAUAUGGAAAAGAUUGUGCUUAUGAUUUCUUAUGUGAUUUACCUCAUAAUGCUGUUUGUUAUUUUCAUAAUCUUAAAUAUGAUGGUUCAUUCCUUGCUAAAUAUGGUGUUAAUAGAUGUAUUAAAAAAUCAGGUAAAAUCAUGCAAAUGACUCUUAAAUUUCAAGGUAAACAAUUAACUUUUAAAGAUUCUUAUGCUUUAAUUUCAACUAGUUUAGCCUCUUUUCCAAAGAUGUUUGGCUUAUCUAAUAUUCAAAAAGAGAUCUAUCCUUAUAAUUAUUACGGACCAGGGGGCCUCAGACGUGAAACGUCGUACAAUCAAGAACGUGUUGAAACUAAUAUUGGAAAUAUAUUAGAAGCUGAUUUAUACGAAAUACAACAAUGGAAUGAAGAUCAAUUUAAAUUAUUUGUUGAGAAUAUUGAUUCUAUUGAUAAUUGUAGAACGGAUGAAUAUCAUUUCAAUAUGAAAGCUUAUUGUGUAUUCUAUUGUAAUCAAGAUGUUAGAAUCUUAAAACAAGGUCAUUCCAAAUUUAGAGAUAUGUGUUUAGAAUAUUUAAAUAUUGAUGUCGAUAAAGUAAUUUCAGCAGCUUCUUUAGCUAAUACUUACUUUAAGCAUAACGUAUAUUCAAAAAUAAAUAAUUUAAAAGAAUAUGGAGGAAAAGUUAGAGAAUUUAUUCAAGGAGCUAUUUAUGGAGGUAGAUGUAUGACUAGAGAUAAUAAAAAGUGGUAUGUAAAUGAUGAAUUAUAUGAUUAUGAUGCUUGUUCAUUAUAUCCUUCAGCUAUUAAUAGAUUAAAAUUAGCAACCGGUUCUCCAAUUGUUAUUCCUGAAAAUAUGUUAAUUAAUGAUUAUUUACUUAAUCACCUUAUGGAUGAACAACAAUUAGAACCUACUGAAAGUAAAUUUAUUUCUGCUUUUAUUGUUGAUAUUGAUAUUACUAAAGUAAAUAAGAAAUUACAUUUCCCAUUAAUUGUUAAAAAAGAUAAAACUGGUAAUCAUAAUACUAAUGAACCUUGUGUUAUGAGAGUUGAUAAUAUAUUAUUAGAAGAUCUUAUUAAAUUCCAACAGAUUGAAUAUAAAAUAAUUAGAGGUUAUUAUUGGACUGGUAAUAAGUCUGAUUUAUUAUCAAAUGAGAUGGCUAAAUUAUAUAAUUUAAGAAGAGAUUUUAAGAAACAAGGUAAUCCAGUUCAAGAAGUAUUUAAAUUAAUUAUGAAUUCAUCAUAUGGUAAAACUAUUCAAAAACCCAUUAAAUCUGAUCUUGUAUAUAAACAAAUAUCUGUUAAAAAUAAGAAAGGAGAUAUUCAGUAUGAUGCUGAUAGAUAUUUAAGAAAGAAUUCGUUAUUAGUUAAAUCAUUUUAUGAUGUUGCUGAAAAUAUUAGAUGUUUUGAAUGUAAUAAAAGUUUUGAUGAUUUCUUUGUACCAAAUCUUAUUGGUGUUCAAACUCUUACUAUGUCAAAACGAAUUAUGAAUGAAGUUAUGUGUUUAGCAGAAGAUCUCAAUAUUCCAAUUUAUUAUCAAGAUACUGAUUCUAUGCAUAUUUUAAAAUCAAGAAUUAACGAAUUAGAAGAUGAAUAUUAUAAGAAAUAUAAUAGAGUACUUAGAGGUUCUGAUAUGGGUCAAUUCCAUCCAGAUUUUGAUGAAUUAUCUGGUGAUGUUACUAGUAUUGAAUCUUACUUCUUAGGUAAGAAAGCUUAUUGUGAUAAAUUAACUAAUGAAAAUAAUGAAAUAGAAUAUCAUCUUAGAUUAAAAGGUAUACCUAAUAAUUUAUUAAAUUGUCAAUAUGAAGAUCCGUUAGAAUUAUAUAAGAAACUAUAUGAUGGAGAAUCGUUUAAUUUUAAUCUUUUACAACUUAGACCAUCAUUUGAAUUUACUAAAGAUUUUAAAAUUAAAUCAAGAUCUCAAUUCUGUAGAAAUAUUAAAUUUAAUACUGAUUUGGGUUCAUUUUAA